CACAAAACAUUUAUAUUAAUCAUCAUUCUUAAAUCAAAUUAAUUAAUGAAAUCAUUUUUAAAUCAGAUGAAAGAAUCGUAAAUACGGAACUGAAGAUCAAACAUCAAAUAUCGAAGUCGAAGACCACAGUUGAACCGAAGUGAGUGUAACUGCAUUCAAUUGAUAAACAGAAAACCCUAAACCCUAGUCCACUCACAUAGAAAUUAGAUAGCUCGAGCCUCGAGGCAUUGAUGAAUGAACUCAAUGCAAACAAUCCGGCGAGCAAUUGUAAUCGGUAACGGCUUCGCCGGCGCCGAAAAUCAGUGCAUUGGUUUGGUUCGAGCUCUGCGUCUCUCCGAUAAAUGCACUUUAUAUCGUGUUGGUAGACCGAGAGGAGGAAUCAAUGAAAAACUUCAUUGGUUGCCGGUUUCUGCUCACAAACAAUUAGAGCGCGUUGUUAAUUGGAUUAGUGAAAACCCAUUUCAAACAAAGAAAUUGGUGCCUUUUCCAGCUGAAUGGAGAGAUGUUUUGGAGGCAGAUGCAAGGCAGAUUGCGAAAGUCGCUCGGGACUCGUUUGAGAGGGAUGGUCCCAUCUUGGUGGUUGCAUCAGGUCGUGAUACAGUUGCUGUUGCAAGUUCCAUUAAGAAGUUGGUCCCAGACAAUGUUUUUCUUGUUCAGAUACAGCAUCCACGGUCUCGUCUGAGCAGAUUUGAUCUAGUGAUAGCACCUAGCCAUGACUAUUAUCCCUUAACACCAGAGGCGCAGAAGCAAAUCCCUUGGUUUCUACGAAGGUGGGUAACACCUCGAAAGCCACCUGAUAAACGUGUGGUCCUUACAGUGGGAGCUCUGCACCAGGCUGAUUCUGCUGCUUUGAGAAGUGCGGCUUCUGUUUGGCAUGAUGAGAUGGCUCCGUUGCCUAAACCCUUACUCGUUGUUUCCAUUGGAGGGCCUACAAGGCAUUGCAGAUAUGGUGCAGAUCUUGCAAUGCAGCUGACAGCCUCGUUGAAGAAUGUUCUUCCAACUUGUGGGACCCUCAGAAUAUCGUUUUCUCGUCGAACCCCCAAGAUCGUAUCAGACAUUCUAGUGGCUGAACUCUCAGACCAUCCUAAGGUCUACAUUUGGAAUAAUGAAGAUCCAAAUCCACACAUGGGACAUCUAGCUUGGGCAGAUGCUUUUGUCAUCACAGCUGAUUCAGUAAGCAUGUUGAGUGAGGCAUGCAGCACAGGGAAGCCUGUUUAUGUAAUUGGAGCCGAGCGGUGUACAUGGAAAUUUGCACAUUUUCUCAAAUCCCUGCAAUGUAGAGGAGCAGUUCGACCUUUCACUGGUGAAGAAAAUAUUUCAGAAAAGUGGCAGUAUUCGCCACUAGGUGAUACCGAGAAGGCAGCUGAUGAAGUGAUCAAGGCACUUGCAGAACGUGGGUGGAGAUUGCCUGCACAAUGAGUUUGCAAACAAUGAUACGAGGUGAAUGAUUUGUUAAAAGCAUGACGGCGAGCUGAUAAAUGCACACGAUGACAUGAAUUUCUCUACGAAUAAUUGUUUUUCGCUGUCAUAUUGACUAUUUAAAUUAUUGCAUCAGCUUGUCUUAUUUUUUAUGGCGUUCCAAUGUUUGUUCAGACUUCAGACAAUAUAUAUAUGUCUAUUGCCUUUUUCAUGAAGAAGCUCAAAA